AUGGGCGCCCACGCCGCUGAAGAUUGCCACAAAGCAUACAGCGCUUUACUGGCAGUCUCGGGCCCCUCAGCAAUUCUCUGUCCUCAGCUAGAGCCAAAUACGUCCUUGGACUGGGAGAUACAGAAGCUUGGAAGAUUCCCCGGUGAGCUAAACGAUCUCAACUGGGUACUGCAGAGGGCACCAAUGCAAAUGGCGAUGCACGACUGGAAACAAAUCAGUACCGACACGACUCUUCCCCCAUCAAGAGACCAGAUCUGUAGCAUCUGCCAGCCCAAACUCCCCAUCAUCACAGACCCCAAAUCCGGCGCACGCUCGGAGAAGGCCCAAGAAGCUGCGCGGUAUGAGCGCAGUAUCAAGUUGCAACCGCCAUCAUACAUUCUCCUUUCUCGAGUUAUUGAUGAACAAGCUGAGCUUCGAUUUUCCGUCAAUAUUCGCACAAUGGCUCAUCACGCUUGUGGAAGAUUGGUUGGUUUGGUGCACGCUUCUGAUGUCCCGAAGGUCGAUAUCAGCUGGCGACUUGUUACAAAUACCCUUGAUCUGGCGAAGCGGUCACUCAGAGCUUUUACCCUCUCCAGCAACACGGAGGAUACGGCCGCGGAAAACCCACCAGGCUUUGAAAAGGGAGUCACCCUAGAUGAAGAACAGCGCCGGUCUUUGGGUUGGAUGAUCGCCCAGGAGAGCGAGGAGAUCGACCCUUUCACAGAAGAGGAAGUCGACGAAGCCAUCUUGCCGGCGAUGGCGUGCUGA